UGUCAAAUCGUGGCAUGACCCUUCUGCCGACUUAUGAUUUAAAUUUUCAUGAAAUUGUAUAUAAGCUCUACCUGAUCAUUUUGGUUAGGAAGAGAGGUAACCAAUUCCCUUAGUUCUUUACUCUCCUACGCACAACAUGAAGAGAAACGUCCUUGUUGCGGUAAUGAGCCUCGGGUAAGAAUUCCAACUUCUAAUUAAUUCGAGCUCUUCCGAUCGCUUACACAACAUCACGAUGGACACACGAAAGCGUCAGUAUCGACGGGGCAGAGCUUAGCCCACUAAUUCUCGAUGGGUAAGUGGGAGCAAUUGAGCUCAAUCAGGGGAAAGAGGAGAGGGGGUUAACAACCGCGCGGAGAGGAUGAUAAAAAUAAGCCGAGAUGGGAGACAAAACUCAAAUAAGACAAUUACCGAUCAGUCAAUAUUAGUAUCCGAAUGAUUUCACAUGUGUAACAGAACUUUCGCUGAGGCCCCAUCAUGUUGACACUCACAUUCAGCGGAACGCAGCGGCAGCUGCUCGCGGCCUUUAUCUCGACGAUUUCCCUUUUCAUGCUGGGCUCGAUGAUGGGCUGGCCGGCCCCGACGCUGAAACUCCUCCGGGAGCCGGACUCAUCGCUGCACUUGACCCCCUCGGAGGAGGCGUGGGUGGUGAACGCCCUGUACUUCACGACGAUACUGAGCCCGUUACCCAGCGGGGCACUCAUGAACGCCAUCGGCCGGAAGGCGACCAUGCUCGCGUUGUGCGUCUUCCCCACCGCAUCUUGGGCCCUCAUCUAUUUCGGUCGGACUGCCUCCGUCCUCUUGGCCGCUCGCGUCCUCGCCGGCUUCUGGGUCGGCGGCUGUCAGACGAUCAUGCCCAUCUAUAUCGGCGAGAUCGCUGAGCCGCGGGUACGAGGCAUCGCCGGCACCUCUAUCAUGGUGAACGCGUUCCUGGGGACGAUUUUCGUCUUCAUCGUUGGCCCCUACGUUUCGGUUCCAACGAUGGCAGUGAUGAACGGGGUGAUUCCUCCGGUCUUCUUCCUCCUCUUCUCAUUUUGCCCGGAGUCGCCCUACUACUACGUCAUGCGGGGGCGCCACGCGGAUGCGGCGAGAACCCUGGCCUGGCUCCGAGGAGGGGCGCCCAUCGAGAGUGAGCUGACCUCCAUACAGACCUCCAUACAGACCUGCAUAGAGAGGGAGGCCAGGGCCGGCCAAGGCUACUUCAAUAAAAUGCUAAGCAUCGUCACCGUCCCCGCAAAUCGGAAGGCCUUCUUCAUCGUCGAGUUCAUGAACUUCUUGCAGAGGUUUUCCGGGUUCAGCUGCCUGAGCGCUUUCUCGACCGUCAUCCUGCCGGCCCACGCCGGCCCCUUGACCGCCGACCAGUGCACCCUCCUCCUGGGCGCCGCCUGGCUCAUCUCCUCCCUCUGCUGCUCGGCCCUGAUCGACCGACUCGGUCGCAAGCCCCUCCUCUACUUCUCCAGCCUCGGCAUCCUGGUCUCCAUGCUCCCGACGGCCGUCUGGUACUACCUCGACCGCGAGACCUCCACUGACGUCCGCGAGGUCGAGUGGGUCCCCUUCGCCGGGUUCCUCCUCUUCGGCCUCACCUUCUCCGCCGGUCUCGGCUCCAUCGGCCCCGCCAUCGCCGGCGAGAUGUUCCCCAGCCACCUCAAGGGCCAGGCCUCGGCCCUGACCACCAUCACGGCCGCCGCGUCGUCGACGCUCAGUAUCGCGCUGUUCUCUGCCUUGGAUGCUCGCGUCGGGAUGUACGCCAAUUUCUUGAUAUUCGCCGCCGUUGGGCCUGUCAGUGGGGUCUUCACGUAUUUCUGCGUCAUCGAGACGAAGGGGAAAUCGUUGCAGAUGAUCCAGGCUGAGUUGAACGGCGAGAAAGUUGAGAAGCCAGAGAAAAAUGGCAAGAUAUGAAAAGAUACGCAGUAAGGAAUAAGACGUCGAAUGGGACCUUCCAAAGUGCAAAACCACGUAUGUCGGUUUGCGGCGUUGCAGACUUCCUGUUAUACUUUAUUGGACAACUGGACGUAUUUCUGUCAAACGGAACUAAGCGCCAAUUUGAGUUCCUUUUGAGGAAUUUAAAAUGCCGGAUAGCGCGUUCUGUCAAACAGAACUAAGCGCCAUGGAAAAGCAUUGCAAGUAUAGGGUGGAAUGAACCCGUCGCCCGGCUCCGCCGCCAAUCCAAGCCCUCCUCUAC